AUGCAGGCGUGGUUCUCCUCCGGCCCCGGGCCCUCCUCCUCGUCGGCGGCGUCCUCUUCGCAGCCGUCGCUGCUCGCGGAGUGGAACUCCUACGCUGCCGCCCGCUCCGCCGAGGACGCGGGCGAUGGCUUCGGGAUCGACAUCGAGGCUGCCGUCCGCUCCGCCAACGACCGCGUCGCUGGCACCUUCGGCGUGGUCUCAAAAGGUGUUAAAGGGUUGCCUGGCAGCUUUAAGUCCACAACAAGCAGUGUUCCAUCUGGCAGAUCUCUCAUGUAUUUCGGUCUGUUUCUUGCUAGUGGUGUAUUCCUAGUUUUCAUCGCAUUCACGAUAUUUCUGCCAGUCAUGGUGAUAAUGCCACAAAAGUUUGCAAUAUGUUUCACGGUGGGAUGUGCCUUCAUAAUUGGAUCAUUCUUUGCGCUGAAAGGGCCUAAGAAUCAGCUCUAUCAUAUGAUUUCCAAAGAGAGAUUACCUUUCACUGUGGGAUUUAUUGGGAGCAUGGUUGCUACCAUCUACGUGUCAAUGGUGCUUCAUAGCUACAUACUUUCUGUUUUCUUCUCCGUGCUUCAGGUCCUUUCUCUAGCAUAUUAUGCCAUCUCAUACUUCCCUGGUGGAUCUGCUGGAAUGAAGUUUCUAUCAUCCUCCCUUGACUGCAUCUUUCCUGUGCUGAUUGCAGAAUUUCAAGUGAAUGAUCUAGCAGGGCUGCAUGAGCUGAUCAAGACCGCCAAGUACCUCGCAACGCCGGGCAAGGGCAUCCUGGCCUCCGACGAGUCGACGGGCACCAUCGGCAAGCGCUUGUCCAGCAUCAACCUCGAGAACGUGGAGUCGAACCGGCAGGCGCUCCGCGAGCUGCUCUUCACGGCGCCCGGCGUGUUCGACUAUCUCUCCGGGGUCAUCCUCUUCGAGGAGACGCUGUACCAGACGACCUCCGACGGGACGCCGUUCGUGGACGUGAUCCGCGCCGGCGGCGCCGUCCCGGGGAUCAAGGUCGACAAGGGCACCGUCGAGAUCGCGGGCACCAACGGCGAGACCACCGCGCAGGGCCUCGACUCCCUGGGCGCGCGCUGCGCCAAGUACUACGAGGCCGGCGCGCGCUUCGCCAAGUGGCGCGCCGUGCUCAAGGUCGGCCCUUCGGAGCCCUCCGAGCUCGCCGUCAGGCAGAACGCCGAGGGCCUCGCGCGGUACGCGCUCAUCUGCCAGGAGUUCGGGCUCGUGCCCAUCGUCGAGCCCGAGAUCCUCACCGACGGCGGCCACGACAUCAAGACCUGCGCCGCCGUCACGGAGCGCAUCCUCGCCGCCGUCUACAAGUCGCUCAACGACCACAAGGUCCUCCUCGAGGGCACGCUCCUCAAGACCAACAUGGUCACCCCCGGCUCCGAUAGCCCCAAGGUUGGCGCGAAGGUGAUAGCGGAGUACACGGUGGCGGCGCUGCGGCGCACCGUGCCGCCGGCGGUGUCCGGGGUCGUGUUCCUGUCGGGCGGGCAGAGCGAGGAGGAGGCGACGCAGAACCUGGACGCGAUGAACAAACUGGAGGUGCUCAAGCCCUGGACGCUGUCCUUCUCCUUCGGCCGCGCGCUGCAGCAGAGCACCCUCAAGAAGUGGCUCGGCAAGAAGGAGAACGUCGCCGCCGCGCAGGCCACCUUCCUCGUCCGGUGCAAGGCCAACUCCGAGGCCGGGCUGGGCAAGUACACCGGCUCCGGCGCCGGGGACGCCGCCGCCUCUGAGAGUUUGUACGUCAAGGGGUACAAGUACUAA